AUGGACACAGACACAGGCAUGCACCAAAACCAACACAACAACCAACAGUUCAAAAUCCAGCACCACAACAACAACCAACACAGCAACCAACAGUUCAAAACACUGCACCACAACCAACAGUUCAAAACACUGCACCACAACCAACAGUUCAAAACACUGCACAGCAACAACCACAAACAGAGCAAGGACAUAAAAGAAGUAGAGAACAAGGAAACCAAGAAUUCUUAA